AUGAAUGGGCAAUCAACAGUAAACCAAUCGACAAAUAAUAAUGAACAGUUAAUUGGAAAAUUUCAUGUGGUCAAUGUUGACAAAAUACCAGUUAAUAAUUAUGAGGAAUCAGCAGUUGCUGCUACUGCUCAACAACAACAACAACAACUGCCAGUGGCACCAGCAGCAAUACAACAGCCGAUGACGCAAACGCCUGCACCAGCAGCUACCGAUGAGUCAGCAUGUGGAUCACGCUUUCAAAUGAUACGUGUCGAUAGGAAUUUCGGUCGUGGCCGAUGGAAAGUUAAUGAUUAUGAGCCUCCUGAAAAUAUUCCAACGUCAAUCAAUCAACCGGUGAAUACUAUUGAAAAUGAACCUGUAAACAUUUCCAAUCCUGCGGCAUCGUCAACUCUACCUGCGUCAACAAUAAAUAAUCUGCCUACUAAUGCGCCAUCCGGCUUACCCAUUGAUUCCAAUCCGACUUCAUCGGCAACACUUGCUGCAACGGCAGCUUCGGCUGCAGCGGCCGCGGCUACUGCUUUUCAACAGCAACAGCAAAGACUGGCUAUGAAUAAUCCAACAGCAGCAGUCAUGCAAACUGCGAAUGUUCCGCCUCCAGCGGGUUUGCUUCAUCCAUUUCAGCAGCCGACGUUAUCUAACAUGGCGGCAUCCAAUCAAUCGUAUAUAUUGGCCAAUCAUCCGCAAUUUGGCUAUUAUCCAUAUUUCCCGUCACCGUAUACACCUUACCCACCUCAAUGGGCUGCUUUAGCUGCUGCUGCUGCCGCUGCUAAUCCUUUUCUAUCUACUCCAAUACCGCCACAUCAACAGCCAACAUCUCAAUUACCUACGGGAAAUCUUGGUGAUAACAUUCGAUAUUCGGACACAGGUCUAUUUGACAUCGCAGAUGUAUCUACUGAAAAUCCAGUGAUGUCUUCAAUUCAAUUUUCAAACCCUUCAGGCGAUCACUUACAAAAUGCUCAACUCGCUGCUGCUGCCGCACCUUUCAUAUACGCCGCUCAUCAUCCACACCCUUCACCAUAUGUUCCACAAGCGCCGCCUGCUACUGCUUCGCCUUACGCAACCAUCGGUGCUUACCAUGCUACACCGCCACCUCCAACAAUUAUCCCACCAUCUACACAGCCUUUAUCGCUUGGCCCAAUGAUUCUCAAUAGUACGGCAGACGUACAACAACAGUCACAAUCCCAUCAGUACCCAACUUCGCAACAACUGCAACAGCAAGCUCCAGUUCUUACCUCACCUAAACAUGAUACACCGUCUACAAAAACUCCUGUUCAACCAUCAAAUGUACCUAAAACAACAGCCACAGCGCCAGUCAAUCUGCCAAAACCUCUUACAACAGCGGCCAAUGGUGCGAAUAGUGAUGCACUGAGAACAAUAACAACAACGGCGGCAGCAAAUCCAUCACAGAUAACUGAUUUAUUACUAUCAUCGUCACCUUCAAUAUCGAGUUCUCACCCACCACCAUCGCUUCUCUCUCCAAUUACAGUACAAACAAAUAAUUCAAAUAAAACGCCAACAACAUCAUUAAAUGAUAUAUGGACAUACGCAGCUUCUGGUUCACCACUGAAUUUAUCUCAGACAGCAGCACAGACAGCUGCUGUCACGGCCGUUGCAGCGAUGGGCUUACUGACAAAUGAGAAUAGCAAAAAUACAGAGAUUGCUAAUGAAAUUUUGAAAGAAUUAACAACACCAACGAAACAGAAUAAUACAACUGAUAUCGACAAUAAGAUCUCGGCAGCUAUGGAUCUUGUUAAAAUGCAUUUGCUAUCUGCUGUUCGUGAAGAAGUUACUGAAUUGCGUCAACAGAUUCGAAUAUUAAAUGAAAAAGUCAAUAGUGUUGAACAUGAAAAUGCAUUUCUUCGUCAACAUGUACCCAGUGAAAUCUAUGCUCAAUAUAUACCAUUAUUCGUUAAUUCAUCUGCUGCUAAUGAUUCAUCCAAUUCGACGACGACUGCUUCGACUACGGCUCCUCCUCCUCCUGUUCCUCCAUCGUCUAGUCAAACGGUGCCCGCAACAGCUUCAUUAUCAUCACUUCCUUCAUCCAUAGCAACACAGCCAUCUUUAUUGACUACUUCACAAGUGCCAUCGCUACCACCACCUCUGCCCUCAGCUUCUGCAUCAAUAAACCUUCCUCCAACUUGA